CAGAGUGCGAAGGGAGAGCGGCGAUUGGUUGAGACGCAGCAGCGGCGUCCACUUGCCCGCACCUGCUGCCGCUGCCGCUGUUUUCCCGCGGAGUUUCCCUGCGAGGAAGAGCCAUGGAGAACUCGGGAGGGAGCCCUCCUUCUCCUCCUCCUCCGCAGCCGCCGUCCUCGCUCCUUCCCCGGCUGUGCUGCCCGGAGAAGGGCCCCAACGGCUACGGCUUCCACCUGCACGGCGAGAAGGGGAAAGUGGGCCAGUUCAUCCGGCUGGUGGAGCCCGAGUCCCCCGCCGAGAAGUCCGGGCUGCGAGCCGGCGACCGCUUGGUGGAGGUGAACGGCGAGAACGUGGAGAAGGAGAGCCACCAGCAGGUGGUCAACCGCAUCCGGGGCUCCCCGGGCUCCGUCCGGCUCCUGGUGGUGGACGCCCAGACCGACCAGCGCCUCCAGGAACUGGGGCUCCGGUGCACCGAGGAGCUCCUCCGGGGGAUGCCCCAAGAAGAGCCUCAGCAGCAGGACCAAGAAGAGAAGCAGCAGGAGGAGGAGAAGGGGAAGGAGGCAGAGGAGGCUGAGCCCAAGGAGCCCCAAGCGGAGGAAGCCAACCACGCGGCCCCGCUGAAAGAAUUACGGCCUCGUCUCUGCCAAAUGAAGAAGGGUCCCAAUGGAUAUGGGUUCAACCUCCACAGUGAUAAAACCAAGCCAGGCCAAUACGUCCGGGCCGUGGAUCCUGACUCACCUGCUGAAGCUUCAGGGCUUCAACCUCAAGACCGUAUUAUUGAGGUGAAUGGGGUGUGCAUGGAAGGCAAGCAGCAUGCAGACGUUGUUUCAGCCAUAAGAUCUGGUGGAGACGACACCAAGCUGUUGGUGGUGGAUAGUUUGACAGAUGAAUUUUUCAAGAAAUGCAAAGUAAUCCCUUCUGAAGCGCAUCUGAAAGGUCCUUUGCCAGAGCCAGUUGCCAAUGGUGAUGUGGAAAAGGAGAACAAUAGAGAUGAUCAGCCAGAGCCUGUCCCUGAAAGUCCUUCUAGUCCGGUGCAUGUGUCUACUUCUCCAACUUUAAAGGAACCUCACAAUGAGCUCAAUUCUCAGGAGAAAGAAGAGAAAAGCAGCCCUGCCGUAGAUCCUCUGCUUGACCUGGACAUCCCACUGGCAGUAGCCAAGGAGCGUGCCCAUCAGAAACGCACCAGCAAAAGGGCACCACAGAUGGACUGGAGCAAGAAAAAUGAACUCUUCAGCAACCUCUGAAGCACCCCUACCCCCAUGCAGGGAGAAAAUGCAAGGGCAAUAUCAGAAACACCUGGCCAGAUGCUGUUCCUUGGCUUUCUUCUGUGUCUGCAUUUUCCCCACAGGGGUUCUUCUCGCUCACCCCCACUUUUCCCUCUCUUAGUCAGGGGGAUGGGGAUGCAAGGUCUUGCAUUGCCCUGUGUCCUGUGAAAGAAAACAAAUGGUCUGAUGACUACUCCUGCACAAUUUUGGAGAAGUAAUGAUAUUUUAAGAGAAUGAUGAGACAUUAUUUCUUCACCAUCUGUCAAUUGCUUAAUAGGUUUGCUAUGAGUUUGUGAUGAGACAUAGGGGAUUGGUUGACCUCCCAAGUCUGGAAACGAUAUGGUGGUCUCAUCUUUAUAGGUCCCUUGACGUAGGUUGCUGCUGCUUUUGCCCCAAUUGCUUCUCUAAGGAGAAGUGAGCUUAUCUGUUUUUCACCUCCUCUCCAUCUCCCCCAAAUUCAGCAAGGUUUUUAGUGAGAGCAUAUUUGUCCAAGGGUCCAGCUUAAAGGGCAUUGGUUUUCAGGGUACUUGAACCUUGACACCUAAAAUGAUCAAUCUAUAUAGGCUCUCAGCUGACUCUAUCUCAGAGAAGUUCUACUGGAUGCUGACUGGGCUGUUCAGAAGUAACUAAAAGGAAGUUCUCAGAAAUUCUAAUUUGACUACCAAAUAUCCUUUUGUGAAUGAAUGCCCUGUGUUCUCCUCUCCAUAGGGAACCAUAUCCCUCUGACUGGAGAUUUCUCUACCUAACACUCCAUUCCAUCACUUUUUUUAAAAAAGGUUUUUCUCCCUAGUUUACAAGUGACAAUGAAGUGUUUGUGGGGAACAAUAGGACCCCUAGACUUUAUUGCAUUGCCUUGUGGAUGUUUUGAAGCCUUUGGAGGGUGAGAAGAGGGAGACCCUUGAAACUGGUCUAGUGCAGAGUCUGUGAGACGUGUUUCUGUUUUGGCCAGAAAUGGGGGUGGAGGGGGCUUCAGACCUUACCAUAGCAGCUAAAAGCAGCCAAGAAUAAUAUCCUCUGUUCAAUUUACUUGUGGAGAUGAAUAGAACCAAUCAAGGUUUUCUGUAAUACUGCUAAUUAACAGUUUAUCUAUAAACUGUUUCAUCUUCUGAAUUAUCCCCCCACCCCAUUAUAGCUAUCUUUCUCCUAUGUCUGUGUAUGUCAUGGAAAUCAUUCCUUCUUCUCCGUGAUCCUUUUCUUCCUUGUUUAAUGUUUGUAAUGUCAAUUUCAAGAGAAGAAAAUCUGUGUACUGGAAGGAAAAAAAAACCUACCUUUUUUGUGUGCUGAUUUCAAAUGAUAAAGCUCUGGUGAAGACCAA